AUGGGUAGAAGAGCAAGAAACAAGCAAGGAGUACCACCAAGUUUCGACGAGUUCCAAGCCAAAAAGGAAAAGAAAGAAUCUUCUAAAAGAAAGAGAGAAGAAAAAUCUACUGAUGUAGCUCCUCGUAAGAAAUCAAAAGAAUUAUCAGAACAGCCAAAGAAAGCUAAGAAGGAUAAGUCCUCAAAGAAGAAACAAAAGAGAGACGAUGAUGAAGAAGAGUUUGUUGAAGAUCCAAAUUUACCUGAAGUUGACUAUGAAGAAUUAGCAUCUGCUAGAAAAUCACUCUUUGAUGAAUCUGAAGAUGAACAAGAAGUUGACGACGAUCUUGAUCUUGAAGAAAACGAUGAAUUCGAUGUUGAAGAUGCCGAAUACGAUUCUGAUGAAGAAGUACGUGCCAGACCAAUGUUCUCAGAUGAUGAAGAAGAUGAAGAAGAUUUAGAAAAUUUGAAUGCUGCCAAUAUGGAAGCUUUAUCGAGAAAAUUAGAUGAAGAAGAAGAACUCGAAGCAGAAGAAGCAGAAAGAGAAUUAUUAGAAGCUGAAACUAUGCAACCUAGAGCAAAAGUGUUACCAACCGCUGAAGAAGAAGAAGAGAUGAGUAAAGGACCUCAAGAUGUUACUAUGGUUAGAACAAGAAUGCUUGAAGUUGUUAAGGUUUUAGAAAACUUUAAGGAAUUAGCAGAAGAAGGAAAAUCAAGAACUGAAUAUAUUAAUCGAUUAUUAAAAGAUAUUUGUGAAUACUUUGGCUAUUCUGAAUUCUUAGCUGAAAAAUUAUUUAACUUAUUCUCCCCUUCAGAAGCCAUGGAAUUCUUCGAAGCCAAUGAAAUCGCCCGUCCAAUCACCAUCAGAACCAACACUUUGAAAACCAGAAGAAGAGACUUAGCCCAAACUUUAGUCAACAGAGGGGUUAAUUUACAACCGAUUGGGUCAUGGACCAAAGUAGGAUUACAAAUCUUUGAUUCCCAAGUCCCAAUCGGUGCUACUCCAGAAUAUUUAGCCGGUCAUUAUAUCUUACAAGCUGCUUCUUCAUUCUUACCAGUUAUGGCAUUAGCACCACAAGAAAAUGAACGUAUAUUAGAUAUGGCCGCUGCUCCAGGUGGUAAAACGACAUAUAUUUCAGCCUUGAUGAAGAAUACUGGAUGUGUGUUUGCAAACGAUGCCAACAAGGCCAGAACUAAAUCGUUAAUUGCCAAUAUUCAUAGAUUGGGAUGUAAAAACACUAUUGUAUGUAAUUACGAUGCUAGAGAGUUUCCAAAAGUCAUUGGUGGGUUCGAUAGAGUGUUAUUAGAUGCUCCAUGUUCAGGUACUGGUGUUAUUGCUAAAGAUGAAUCUGUUAAAGUGAGUCGUACUGAAAAGGAUUUUAUUCAAAUUCCGCAUUUACAAAAGCAAUUAUUGUUAUCAGCUAUUGAUUCAGUUGAUGCUAAUUCUGCCACUGGUGGGGUUAUUGUAUAUUCUACUUGUUCCGUUGCUGUUGAUGAAAAUGAAGCUGUGGUUGAUUAUGCAUUAAGAAAACGUCCAAAUGUAAAAUUAGUCGAAACUGGUUUACAAAUUGGUAAAGAAGGUUUUACAUCUUACAGAGGUAAACAUUUCAAUUCUAAAUUAUCGUUAACUAGACGUUAUUACCCUCAUACGUAUAAUGUUGAUGGAUUUUAUGUUGCCAAAUUCCAAAAGAUUGCUCCUUCACCUCAUGAUAUUUCUAAAGCUGGAGCUAAAGAAAAGGAAUCUAUUGCUAGGGCAGAAGCUGAAGAAGAAGGUAUUAUUCAUGAUGAUUUUGCAGAAUUCGAUGAACUGGCUGAUAAGGAUAUCAUAGAUCAAUCUAUAAAGAGAAACUUAAAGAGAAAAGGUAUUAACCCAGCUUCAGUCAAGAAGUAA